UUGAUACACACUGAGCCUUGGAAAUGAGCAUAGGUAGGUGUCGUUCAGGGUGGCAGGCAGCUUUCGUGAGGCCACGGCCUAGAUCAUGCUGCUGAUAUUCAAGACCAAAGAGUUAUAAGAAGGCCCAUCGUGCUCAUUGGGUCCGAUAUGAAAUCACUACUACUCACAGCUCUCAUCAACUCAUCAGAAUCACAUCCCCCCACGCCCGACCAAUUCUGCAAUCAUGUCAUACGUUGAAGCUGCCUCAGGCGGAGUUGAACUCUUCAACAAAGUCGUCGAUGCCGUCAAGGGUGCCGUCGGUGCCGUCGAAGAAAUCCAAGGCUCCGCCAUCAGGAUCAAGCGCGCGGCAGCCGCCGAGGCUCUCAGCGACCAAAACGAGUUCGCCGUCCGCGAGACCAUGAUCGCCAAGGCCAUCGAUGCCGUCCACGAGGUAGCUCCCGGCUGCAACAUCCUCAUCGUCGCCGACUACGGCCGCGACAAGAAGCACUUCAAAGGCGAGUGGAAGACGCAGCCCAACAUCGAGCUAGAGCUUCCCAACGGCCAGUCUGCCUUGUAUCGUCUUUACAUGUUCAACUCUGGCAAGUACGACCGCCCGAUGGGCCCGAUCUGGGAGGCGAACUAUAUUCAGUACCGGGGUGCCCAUGGUGGGGAUGUCAAGAGGGAGACGCCGGUUGGUUGCAUGUACUUGACGUUUCCGGAUGGCGAUGGUUUGGAUCCGAGUGCUGAGGAUAUUGAGGAGGAGGUUGAUGAUGGUGAGCCGAUCCCGCCUGAGGGGGAUGGGCAGGAGACGGAGCAGCCUGCUGCUGAAGAAGAACCGGCCCAGGAAGAGCAGCCUGCAGAGGAAGCUGAGCAGCCGGCAGAAGAGCAGCAGCCUACCGAGGAGGGUGCUGAGGAACAGUGAGAAGUCAUUGUCGCUGAAUAUUAGCUGGUGGAACCCAUGACUAGUACUGGAAUUAG